AUGGUCACCUCACCCCAAAUCACGGCGUUGAAUGUUGUUGACAUGCCAAUUAUCCUACAGUCCCAAGCCGUUCGUGCCAAUGGCCAGAUCUUCGUCUCCGGCCAGAUCCCCGCUGACGCCUCUGGAAAUCUCGUCACCGGAAGCAUUGGCGACUUGACCCAGGCUUGCUGCAACAAUAUCAAGGCUAUUGUCGAAGCUGCUGGUUCCAGCGUCAACAAGAUCGUCAAGGUCAAUGUUUUCCUCACUGAUAUGGCGAACUUCGCUGAGAUGAACGCCACCUAUGAGAAGUUUUUCACUCAUAAGCCCGCUCGUAGCUGUGUUGCUGUCGCCCAGCUCCCGAAGAGUGUGCUUGUAGAGAUCGAGUGCAUUGCUCUGGAGUAA